ACGAUUUUAUUCGGAUUUUGAACGAAUCAAAAUGGAUGCUGGGUGUGAAUGAACUAUGUACUGAAAAACGAACAGCUUUUUAUCAAGUUGUGUCGUGAGCCCGAUCUUAAUCGGGAUUCCGACGUUGGGAAUUUGUUUAUUAGUAAUUUAGGAAGUGAUAAAAUUGUUUAUGUGCCAUCGAAAACUAGGUUCAUGAAAUAAUUGUAAAAUUUAGAAGUCACCGUGUCGGUAAUGUGUUUACGAGAGUGUCGGGCGAGCUUCCCGCAGGUGGCCCUAAUAGGAUGAGGACUCGGACGGAAAUAUUGAAAGUUGAUGCGAAUCAACGAGUGCUAUGUGUUGAGUUGCAAUUACUGUUUGGUGCGACAUGGCGAGAAUUUUAGGACUUAACUAUAGCUCGUGUUUUGAUUAGGCGAGCAGAAAUGAAAUGCAUAUACAGGAAGGAACAAACACAACUCUGACAACAUGUACCAAAAUGACAGAAGAAGUAGACAGAAGACAUGGUGUGAAUGGUAACAGCAGCAGUAAAGGUGUCAAUGACGAUCCUCCUGUGCAAAUUUCAGCUCCCGCAGCGUCGGGUGGCAGGCUCAAGUUUUUCAAAGAUGGAAAGUUUAUACUGGAGUUGGUGCGCGGCAGCGAGCGCGCGGGCUGGGUGUCGGUGCCGCGGAAGACAUUCUGGCCGCCGGCCGCCGCGCCGCCCACGCCCCCGCACGCGCCCGCGCCCUGUGCCUCGCUGUCGCUGUCCGACGACAACUCCUCGCUGCACUCCUCGCCCUGCACCUCGCACCGCGACCACUGCUGGAAGCAGCCCAGCCCGCGACGCAACCUAUCCAAAGAGCUAGCCAUGUACUACUGCAGGCCCUCCACCCUGCACUCCGCACAAAUACGCGCCGUGAGCCGCGUCAAGCGCCGGCGGCCAACGGACUUGAGCCACCUCGACGCCGUCCCCAACGGCACGAUGCGCAAGCCCCUUGCCAACGGCCUUUGCGACGCCAAAAGGAACGGUGACGUCGCCUCCCCCGAAGAUAAAUCCUGCAAAGGGGAAGACGUUGUCGACGGCCCGAUCGACACGAAAACGAAAUCUGACAACGACCGAUGGACGGAUUCAGAUCGAGAGAAAUAUUAUCAUAUGAAACUCAAGAAACCAUAUCAGUAUCAUAAGUUAAGAGUUUACAAAAAAACUAAACCGACCACGAAACGAAAGGAAUUGACUAGAAUUGUCGACAAACUGAGAGAGAAAAUAGCAUCGCUCCCAGUUCUCGUGAACGCGAAACUUGCGAAUUGUCGACAGGAGCACAUGAUGGUCUCACCCAGAAAGCGAAUCUUGAGAGAGAUGGAGCGGGUGAGUCUUGAAGAUCAGGCGACCAAAAGACGGGCGAAAACGGUGCCCACGUUGAGCACCGCGUCCUACCCGCCUUCGCCGGGGCCCAGCCACACGCCGCACCGGCCGCCUGCUGAGGCACCGACGCGGCCGCAGAACGGGGCCGGGCCCAAGAAGGAUACCGCCGUAUCGAAGAACGUCAGCAGCUACAGCAUACACUCGUUGCUGAGUAUGCCCGACGAGACCGCGACCCGGAGGUCGCCCGAGGCCAAGCGGUCGCCGCACUCGUAUCCUCCAUCGCUGAAAACAGAGUCGCCGUCAAGCAUAAACUCGCCCGACCUGAGCCCGUCGCCGGACGGGUAUCGGUACCGGUACGGGCUCGCGCUGGGCUCGCCGGGGCGCGGCGCGGCGCGCGACUCGCCCACGCCGCCGCAGGGCGCGGGCCCGUUCCGCUCGUACGGCGGGGGAGGCGCGGGCGGCGCGUCGCCCUACGGCGGGGCGCGCGCGGCGCCCUACCGCGGCUCGCCGGCGCGCGACGAGUGGCCGCCGCAGUACGUGUACGGGUACGCGUACCCGGCGCUGUACCGGCCGCCGGCGCCGCUGUGGAUGCACUACGCGAUGGCGCCCGGCGUGCCGCCCGGCGCCUGGCCGCCGCUCGCGCACCCGCUGCUCUCCGACCACCUGCCCAAGGACGAACCCACUUCAGAUUUGCCAUUGAACCUGUCGAAGCACUGAAGUAGACGGCGCUGGCGCGAGUCUGUCACGCGGCACGGAACCAAUGGAGUGCGAGAAUAAAUGCUCGUAGCAGUGACACGAAUUUUCCUCAAAAACAUUCCAUUCAUUGUCUCGCUUUAUAUAUUGGCGUCUGUUUGAGUCCAAAAAUGACAUCCCACCUAUCUCGAUACGUGCGUACGCGUCCUCCACCUAACGGAUCACUUGCUAUCUAUUAUAAAAUUAUCUUUCGCAAAAAAAAAAUAUUUUUUUGUAUAGAUCGUGAUUUUCCGGUGGAUGUAUAUAAAUGCCUGGAAAUCUAUUUACAAAGUUAUGUAUCAUAUUAUACUGAAAGAAUACUAUUUUAAUAUAGAGUGUUUGUAUGCAGAGUCAUGUGUGUAUUUUCAUACGAAUCGUUUGUACUGGAAGUUGAGUAUUUUAAUAUUGGCUAUUAUUUUAGGGUAAGCGGAGGCGAACUAUAUGAGACAAAACAGUUAUCGAUUGCUAACGAUCAGUGCCUUGAUAAAAAAAGAAAUUAAGAUAUUAUGAACCUAUUUAUGUAUGAAAGUAUUACAAAUUGAAUGUUUCUCAUUUUAUAUAAAAUACUGCGAUUGUUGUACUCGUGUCUAAGAAAAUGAAAGUAAUAUAAUACGAAAUAUUUUUUGGUCCUUACACGACAUAAAUUCCAUAUUGAAUGACUAUGUUCGAUCUCAUUAUUUAAUUUAGAAAAUAAAACGAGAUAAAGACUACAGUUUUUGGGAUCAAAUUUGGAUGUGUGUUUAUGUAACAUAUAAAUUAAAAGACAUUGUACAUAUAAUUUGUGAAUGGUGUAUUAUUAUUGGAGAGUGUGCGGGAGUAUAAUAUAUAAGAGCAUUAACCGCUUACGAUGAUUAUCGGUAACAAUUUAUUACCUUCAAAUAAUAAUUUUUGUACUUGUACAGUAUUUUUGUAUUGAGUAUUUUAUGGCGAUAAGCGACGGAGGGAAAUGUCAUUUAGUUAGAAGCGCCUCGCCCUCGGCGUCGCAGCUUUCGAGAUUAAAUCCUAGAGUAGUUUUCUGCAAUUUAUUAUGGGGUUAUUGUAUUAUAAGAACAGUUGAACGACGUUAAAGGACUGACUUCUGAUGUAAUAUUAUCAUUAUUAAUGGAAUUGUAUAAUAUAGUCGUGUAAUCGGAGGCCUACUCUAACAAACACAUUGUCCGCCAACAAAG